AUAUGGCACCGCGAGGUUGGAAAAAUUAAAAGACCGUAAAGGUUACCGGCCAUUCUCUGUGGCCUCGGUAACUGUUAUCGCCAUCGUGAGCCUUAACAUCUACAGGAAGUGGAGGAAACCCCUCCCUUAGAUCCUGGGAAAUAAUCCCUUGAUAAACACUUCCAAAUUCCGCCUCCACCCAAAACUCGGUCUUGCCUAAAAGGUCCGGUGAAUGCAAUCAAUGGAUUUGCUGUUGAAUCACGGUGCAGGCCGUCUACUUCUUCAGGGUUCGAAGGACAAAACCAGAAAGAAUAAAUCUAAAGAACAUAAAAAGUUGUCACUUCACCGGACCAGUAUGCAGGAGAACUCAAAACUGGCAAAUAUGUUUCGCUAAACCUCAAGGUAACCCAUAUCCGCAACCUGUGUAUUUAGUGGGAAAUAUUAAGAACCAGAGAGCUUCAAAGUCGGGUCUUCUUCCAGUAUCAGUGACUUGUUCACGAAAAAAUGGAGACGCAGAAUUUAGUGACGAAAAGAUUUUUUACAGUUCUGUUUAAAAAAAAAAAAAGUUUUCCCGACUUUUGUUUUGAUCGAACCAUGUCUAUUCCUCAUGGCUCAUACUUAAGGAUAUUUGGCAGUAAAGACGAUGCAACUAUGGCCGUCAGAUGAAGGCAAAUUGACAUGGAAGUUAAACUGACCACCACCUGAUCUGGAACCCCGUUCGGUGGAACCCCGUUCUGUCUCUCACGCACGCAGGCCACAUACACACUCAAUGUCUUUAGUAGGUUAAGACGUGCCUCGGAAGUCUAACGCCUUGAUUAUAAACCUCUGAUUACGCAAUACGAUUGGACUCAAUCACGCAAUGUGUAGGGAAAACUUUAGGUUCUGAAGAUAUGUUUAGAUAUUAUCCUCGAGCAGCUGAUGAGGUAGCACAGUGAUUUGUCUGAUUAUGUUUAAACAUAGGGCUGAAAGAUCUACAUAAUGGUUACAAGGACAAGGAGGCUGAAGGAUCUUACGCACGAAGAAGGUGGCAUGCAUUUCUUGUGAUAGUAUUCAUUUUAACUAUGAUAUUCCUGAAGGUAGUCCUUGGCCGUAAUGCUACAUGAGGAACAAUACUAUGUACAGAUCAUAGACUCAUGAUAAGGGGGGAAGGGGGAGAGAGAGAGAGAGAGAGAGAGAGAGAAGGGAUGCAGUUGGUUGUCCUCAUCUGUAUCAACUGGCUAGCUUCAAAAGAGAAUAUCAUCAUGGAGUACACAAGAAGGUAUGUCAGUGCUCUUGCAGCUUGGAAGCCUUAAAAUGCACGCAGAGCUAUAACCAUCCCUUUUCCAGGCCAUCCUCUUGGAACUCUAUUUAAUGCCAUCCAACCAUGUGGUUCUUCCAUAAGGGACAAUGGCUGCUUAUAUUCAGUGUUUUUGGGGCCUUUUCCUCUCACUUUCGCUUUAUUUUAUUCACUCAACACCUACACCUCAUGUUUAUAUAGUCUAUUUAGGGCUCAACCAUAUUCACGAUCCUACUCUCACUUCAAAAUACCAUCACAAACUGCUCUCUAAUGUCUUUGCAAGUGAAGAAGAUGCUAAGCAGUCCAUGCUCUAUAGCUACAAGCAUAGUUUCUCGGGGUUUUCAGCAAAGCUCAAUUCAACCCAAGCAACUGCUUUAGCCAAGAUGGAAGGAGUGAUAUCAGUGUUCAGAAGCAAGACACUGCAAUUACACACGACGAGAAGUUGGGACUUCGUCGGCCUUACCUUGGACAACAAUGAAGUGACUCCAUUGCAGCUAGCCUUUGGUGAUGACAUUGUUGUUGGGAUGUUUGAUUCAGGUAUAUGGCCAGAAUCUGAGAGCUUCUCGGAAGAACCCCGUAUGAAUCCUAUUCCAUCAACUUGGAGAGGGGAAUGUGUAAAAGGUGACAGGUUUGACCCAAAAACAAACUGCAACCGGAAGCUAAUUGGAGCUCGUUACUACCUUAAAGGAUUUGAAGAAGAAAACGGGCCACUAAGUAUGAGUGGAAUCCCAGAAUAUCAAUCACCACGAGAUUUUCUUGGCCAUGGGACACACACAGCUUCAACGGCCGUGGGGUCCAUAGUUAAGAAUGCAAGUUUCUUUGGCUUGGGGCUGGGCACUGCCCGUGGUGGAGCGCCUAGGGCUCGACUAGCAGUGUACAAAAUAUGUUGGGCGAACAAAGUCUUCAAUUCUGUGUGCUCCGAAAUAGAUAUACUGGCGGCUUUCGACGAUGCUUUGCAUGAUGGAGUUCACAUAAUCUCGGCCUCCUUUGGUCCACGCCCCCCCAUUCUCGCAUUAUUUGAAACUAGUGCCGGAAUAGGUUCAUUUCAUGCAAUGCAACUGGGUAUUACUGUGGCUUUCUCGGCAGGUAAUGAGGGGCCUGAUCCGUCUCUUGUAACAAAUGUUGCGCCAUGGUCCAUUUCUGUGGCUGCCUCAUCUGUAGACCGAAUGUUUCGGACGCAGAUACUCGUGGACAAUAGUCUCUCUAUCAUGGGAGAAAGCUUUCUUCCCACAGAGAUCAAGGGAAAACUGGCAGAUCCAAUCACGUACUUCGAAAAUGGCGUUUGCAAUAGUGAUUAUUACAAUAAUGAAUCGAAACAAGCUGUCGGGAAGGUAGUUGUAUGUUUCUCCACCAAUGGACCAAUCGACGAUGCAGUAGCAGCAGUAAAGACGGCCAAUGCAUCGGGCUUGAUCUUUGUUGAACCCAUGACCAGGCAGACAGCUGACGUUGAAAUCGUCCCCACGGUGUAUGUCAACUUUGAGCAAGGGACACAAAUUAAGAACUAUCUUUUCGAAUCUCCCAGCCUCCCUAGAGUGCGGAUAAUACCGACUAAAACCAUAAUUGGAAAGUCACCAGCACCUACAGUUGCAGACUUUUCUUCUAGAGGGCCGAGCUCACUUACACCUGACAUUCUCAAGCCGGAUGUAACCGCUCCCGGAGUAAGUAUACUAGCAGCAUGGCCUUAUGACACUUCGCCAACCUUGUCACCAAGUGAUAAGCGUCGCGUGAGCUGGAAUUUUCAGUCGGGAACAUCAAUGUCAUGCCCUCAUGUCUCCGGUGUUGCCGCCCUUAUCAAAUCAGCACAUCCAAGAUGGUCCCCAUCUGCCAUUAGAUCUGCUCUCAUAACGACAGCUUACACUCGGGACACAACCUGCGACAGCAUUCUAGCUGGUGGAUCAAUGAAAGUGGCGGAUCCCUUUGACAUUGGCGCUGGCCACAUUAACCCCUUGAAAGCACUGUAUCCGGGGCUAGUUUACGAAAUGAAAACCAGCGAUUAUAUUCUCUUCCUCUGCAAUAUUGGCUACACCCAAGAAAACAUAUACAAAAUGGUUCUUCCGUGUCCUGGGGUUGAUACAAGCUGCCCAAAGGUUCCGAAAAGCAACACAAACAUAAAUUACCCCUCAAUCACAGUUUCCAAUCUCAAAUCAACAAUGACAAUCAAGAGGACAGUUCGUAAUGUGGGCCAUAAAAAGAACACCAUUUACUUUGCCAGCAUUGUUAAGCCCGAUGGAGUGGAGGUAUUUAUAUGGCCUAGAGCUUUAAUUUUCUCAUGGUUCAACGAAGAAAACUCAUACUAUGUCACUCUCAAACCACUGAAGAAGUCUCAAGGGAGAUACGAUUUUGGAGAGAUUGUUUGGUCGGAUGGCUUCCAUAAGGUAAGGAGUCCAUUGGUCGUAUGUGUGAAUACUACCGAUGACUCGAGUGAUUCCAUAGCCCGUACUAGCAGCUCGAUUUAGGCUCCUUGCUUAUUACAUAUUUGAAGCUUUUGCUACGGAAUUUUGCAAAAAUCUUACAGGUUGCGCUGUUUUGUCAACUGAUGUAAUAAUUGUGACCAAGUUUCUUGGCUUUGUCUCUGUAAAAAUAAAGUUGAUAUGAUAAGAAAAGUUUACUACGCGUU